AGGCCAGCUGUCAUGACGCGCCUCGGCCAAUCAGCGGCGCCCAAACAACAACAACAUGGCCAGGCUGCGGAGAUUACUGUUCAGUGCAGUCCUGGUGGUGGUGGUGUGUGCUGUGGACCGCAACAACUUCAAGACAUGUCAACAGAGCAGCUUCUGUCGUCGUCACAGAGCAGUGCGUCCCGGGGAGAGUCCAUAUGUGCUGCUGCUCCCCACCCUGACCACCACGGAGGAGGGGGUGUUCGCUGACCUGCUCAAUGAGAGGACAAGGGUUUUCUUUACGCUGGAGCUGUACCCACUCAAGGAUGCCACACUUCGCAUGAAGAUCAAUGAAAAGAACCCAAUCAAGCAGCGCUUCGAAGAGCCAUAUGGCCUUAUUGGAGGCAGCCAGACAGAACAGUUUCAGGUGGUGGACCGGUCUGAGGAAGGCUUCACGCUCAAGUUUGGCUCAAGCCAUGCCGUGGUGCAGGCCAAGCCACUCAAGGUGGACGUGUACAGCGGCAACACAUUGGUAGUCAGUGCUAAUGCUCGAGGCCUCCUCAAGUUUGAACAUUACCGUAAAAAACCUGAAGGUGAACCCCAGGGUGGUGAGGCAGAGGAAGGAGCAAAUGUUGCUCCUCUGGAGGAAGAGGAGGACACUAAUGGCCUGUGGGAGGAGACCUUCAAGAGCCACACAGACAGCAAGCCUCAUGGCCCAUCCUCCGUGGGUAUGGACAUCUCUUUUGUGAACUCUAACCACGUGUAUGGCAUCCCAGAGCAUGCAGACAGCUUCUCCCUCAAAGAAACCACGUCAACUGAGCCUUACCGGCUGUACAACCUGGAUGUGUUUGAGUAUGAGCUUGACAAUCCAAUGGCUUUGUAUGGCUCAGUGCCAGUUAUGAUUUCCCACACACCCAAGCACACAGCCAGUAUCUUCUGGCAUAAUGCAGCAGAGACCUGGGUGGACAUUAAGAAACUUCCUGACCGCAACGUUGUGUCGUCCAUCACUGGCUUCUUCUCAGGAGGUGACUCUGACCCGCCGCAGGUGUCCACCCACUGGUCCUCAGAGUCAGGCAUCAUUGACUUAUUUGUCAUGCUUGGCUCUCGGCCUCUGGAUGUGUUCCGGCAGUAUGGCGCACUCACAGGGAACAACAAUCUGCCUCCACUGUUCAGCUUGGGCUACCACCAGUGCCGCUGGAACUACAAUGAUGAAGAGGAUGUGCGACAGGUGAACGAAAACUUUGACCACCAUGACCUUCCCAUGGAUGUCAUGUGGCUGGACAUUGAGCACACUGAUGGCAAAAGAUAUUUCACCUGGGAUGCACACAAGUUCCCUAACCCGCUGGAGAUGACUGCCAACCUCACUGCACGGGGCCGCAAGCUUGUCACCAUUGUUGACCCUCACAUCAAGCGAGACAGCAACUACUUCUUCUAUAAGGAAAAUCAUGACCGAGACCUCUUCGUUCACACCAAGGAUGGCUCGGAGUUUGAUGGUUGGUGCUGGCCUGGGUCUUCCUCUUACCUUGACCUGACCAACCCUGAGGCACGCAACCACUACAGUGACACCUACAUGCUGGACCGCUACAAGGGCUCCACACUGGACACCUUCACCUGGAAUGACAUGAAUGAGCCAUCGGUGUUCAACGGACCUGAGAUCACCAUGCAGAAGGACAACCUUCACCCCGGCCUUGGCGUGGAGCACCGAGAGAUUCACAACGUGUAUGGCCUGCUCUUUCACCAGUCCACAUAUGAGGGUCACCUGCGGAGGUCAGAAGGUCGCCUUAGGCCCUUCAUCCUGACGAGGGCCUUCUAUGCUGGCUCACAACGCUCCUCUUCAGUGUGGACAGGUGACAACACUGCAGACUGGGGUCAUCUGCGCAUUUCUGAGCCCAUGCUUCUGUCCCUCUCUGUUACUGGCAUCACUCAUGUUGGGGCAGAUGUUGGUGGCUUCUUUGGCAAUUCUGAUGCCCAGCUUCUGAGCAGGUGGUAUCAGGCGGCAGCAUUCCAACCAUUUAUGAGAGCCCAUGCCCACCUGGACACCAAGAGACGUGAGCCAUGGCUGUUUGAUGCAGAAACGCUUAGAAUAAUCAGGAAUGUCCUGCGGCAGCGCUACCAGUACCUGCCCCUGUGGUACACCCUCUUCUAUGAGAACGAGCUGACAGGUGCUCCCCCAAUGAGACCCCUAUGGGUGGAAUUCCCUGAAGACGAAGGUUCCUUUGAUAUCGAUUAUGAGCACCUGAUUGGCUCGGCCUUGCUGGCGCGCCCUGUGGUGACAGAGGGUGCCAACACUGCCUCUGUUUACUUCCCUCCAGGGGUCUGGUACGAUGUGCUAGACCUCACCACACACACCGGCCCCGGCUCCACCACCGUGCCUGCCCCCAGGGAUAAGAUUCCCGUGUACCAGCGUGGCGGCAGCAUCAUCCCACGCAAGGACAGGGUGCGCCGUGCCUCCUCACUGAUGCGAGAGGACCCUUAUACCCUGGUGGUGGCCCUGGAUGCUGAGGGCAAGGCUCAGGGCACACUCUACAUGGAUGAUGAGCACACCUUCGAGUACCGACAGGGUAAAUUCCUGUACCUUGGGCUUUCAUAUGAGAAAGGAAUCUUGAAGUCACAACGACUGGACCCGAAUGGCAGCUAUGAAACAAACUCGUGGCUGGAGCGAGUCAUUAUCAUUGGCCUAGACAAACGGCCAUUCAAAGUCACCCUAAACAGUGCAUCACAAGGCACUCAGGUGCUGGAGAGCUCCUUUGAGGGUGGUGACAGCAUACAUGCAAGCAAGCUCACCAUACGCAAGCCAGGAAUCAGCAUCAAGGAGAACUUCACCAUUUCUAUCCAAUGAGUGCUGACUAGUUAAUCCCUUUAGCAAGACUCAUGUUAUAGGAUGUGGGAGGGGUUAGCAUAAUUUGUUAUAUUUUUUCAUCAAUUGUUUUCAAGGUAAGAGAGAUUCUGUGUUGUGAGUGAUAUUAAAGCUAGAUUUCCUAUUUAUUCUCCAGUGCAAUUUUUUUUAGAAAGCAGCUGCUUAGAGGGAUUUGUUGAAAGGAAUAAGUUUUCACGUUCUGAGAUAUGUUUGUGAUUUCUGUAUAUUGGGGAAUGUUCAUGUCUAGACAUUUUUACACAAAGAAAUGAAUAUCCAUUUUUUAGUAACUGUGUAGUAGACAUUAGAAUGGUUAUUUGAAAAAUAAAUCAUAACAAAGGGUGUGCAUUAGAAUAUGUAUGUGUAUGCAUUUGUAGAUGUGUUAUGGAUUCAUGAAUUCACUACCAAAACAAGCACAUAAAGUGUAUUCCUCUGUUUGAUCACUUCAUGGUGUGGGUGUUUGCAUGACUGAGUGAGUGUUGAUACUGAAAUACUGACCACAUAUUAAGUAGUGUUGUAAUGCCUUGUGAUGUUUAGAAGAGGUUGCACUGGGUUUGAUGGGAAAAAUUGCUCCUGUUGCCGAGGGGGGAGGGACAGGAUAGAAAGAAACAACCAAGUUAUUUGUAAAGACAUGACCUCAGUCAGAAAGGAGUGAUGGUUGUCCUUUGUAGCUUCUUGAUUGUGUGGGGAUUAUAGAUUUCAUUUGUAUCUCUGAAGGAAGACAUUGAUGUGAAGCAGGUAUGGACAGUUACUACUAUGUGAUUUUUAAAUGUUUAUAGCUUAAUUUGUGUUAGAUAAAAAUAUUGACCAUAUAAGGGUAUUUGCAUAUGUGGUGUAACACUUUGGUAAAUAAUAUUUGUGCUCAUGAAAUGAAUGUUUAUUACUCAGGUUCAAGAUUUUGGGACAAAUUAAUUGUGAAUGUCUGUCACAAGUCACAUUCCAGAAGUGUAUGUGAGAAUGCACAAUGCUUGGAGAAAUUAAAAAGUUUUAUAUUA